GCUCCUCUCAACAGCCCACCCCACACCAGCCUCAGACACCACCAUGACCGGCUCCUGCUGCGGCUCCACCUUCUCCUCCCUGAGCUAUGGGGGAGGCUGCUGCCAGCCCUGCUGCUACCGCGACCCCUGCUGUUGCCGCCCCGUGACCUGCCAGACCACCGUGUGCCGCCCCGUGACCUGCGUGCCCCGUUGCACGCGUCCCAUCUGCGAGCCCUGCCGCCGCCCGGUGUGCUGCGACCCCUGCUCCCUGCAGGAAGGCUGCUGCCGCCCCAUCACCUGCUGCCCCACGUCGUGCACGGCUGUGGUCUGCAGACCCUGCUGCUGGGCCACCACCUGCUGCCAGCCUGUGUCUGUGCAGUCCCCCUGCUGCCGGCCCCCCUGCGGCCAGCCGACGCCUUGCAGCACCACCUGCAGGACCUUCUCCUGCUGAGCAGGGCACUGACUGCCCGGAACAUGCAACUCACCUUCUGAAAAAGUCACACUCCCGUUUCUCUACUUUAACAAACCUCCUGCCCUGAGCCCGCAAGACCCCACAUCAACCAAGCUGGGAACCGAGAACCGGGCUCAUCAUGAAGACCUGGGCCCUUCUGAAGUCUUUGUAAAGGAAGCAAUUUCCUUCUUCCUGUCUAAG